UGUAGAUGUGCUCGGAGCACCGGAUUAUCCAAACAGAACGCUGAACGCGCAUCUCUUCCCGCUGCGCGCUCCCAACGUGUCACGUCUCACCAAAGCGCAUGAAAGAAACCGAGCAGAGAGUGAAGAAAACACAAACCCUUUCUUGAAUCUGCCAGGCUGACAGCAAAGUUCAGACAGCAUGCCGAAGCACGUGGAGGUACGAAUGCACGAAAGCCACCUGGAGCCCAUCGAGGCCCGGCCGCGCUCCAAAUUGGGCACAAUAUGCCAGAAGAUGUGCAAGAACCUGCUGCUAACGCUAACUGUGAUGGGUGUGAUUUUGGGAGCUGUUGCUGGUUCGCUGCUGCGUUUUGCUUCCCCCAUCGAUGACAAUAUCGUCAUGGUAAUUGCCUUCCCUGGAGAUAUUCUAAUGAGGAUGCUAAAAAUGCUCAUCCUUCCCUUAAUUAUCUCCAGCUUAAUCACAGGUCUCGCUGGUCUGGAUGCAAAAUCAAGUGGUCGAUUGGGUUCUAGAGCCAUGAUCUAUUAUAUGUCCACUACUGUCAUUGCUGCUGUGCUGGGAGUUAUCCUGGUCUUGCUCAUUCACCCUGGAAAUCCAAAACUGAAGGAAAAUCUAGGAGAAGGAGCAAAGAAUGAUGAGGUCUCCAGUCUUGAUGCCUUUUUUGACCUUAUCAGAAACCUGUUCCCAGAGAACUUGGUUCAGGCUUGCUUCCAGCAGAUCCAGACUGUUGUGAAGAAGGAAAAAGUUCAACCUGAUUUUGAAGACACCAACAGCAGCAUGGCUGACUACCUCUUAAAUGCCACCAAACCUCCACCAAUUUACAUAGACAAGAAAUCCCUGCAGUACAAGAGUGGAAUGAAUGUUUUGGGUGUAAUUGGAUUCUUCAUUGCCUUUGGUAUUUGUAUGGGCAAGAUGGGAGAGAAAGCCAGACUCAUGAUUGAAUUCUUCAACAUUCUCAAUGAGAUUGUCAUGAAGCUGGUUAUUAUGAUCAUGUGGUACUCGCCCUUCGGUAUCGCCUGCUUGAUCUGUGGGAAGAUCAUCUCCAUUAAAGAUCUGGAAGUGGUGGCGAGGCAGCUGGGGAUGUACAUGGUGACAGUUAUCGUUGGUCUGAUCAUCCACGGCGCCAUAUUCCUGCCUUGCAUCUAUUUUGCUAUUGUGAGGAAAAAUCCCUUCUCGUUCUUCAUGGGGAUCUUCCAGGCCUGGAUCACAGCUCUGGGCACAGCUUCGAGUGCUGGCACUCUGCCCGUCACGUUCCGUUGUCUUGAGGAGAACCUGGGCAUUGACAAGAGAGUCACACGUUUUGUGCUUCCAGUUGGAGCAACGAUUAACAUGGACGGAACGGCACUCUAUGAGGCUGUGGCUGCCAUCUUUAUUGCCCAGAUGAACGGAAUUGACUUAGAUCCUGGUCAGAUCAUCACUGUCAGUCUUACAGCAACACUUGCCAGUGUUGGAGCGGCCAGUAUUCCCAGUGCUGGACUGGUCACAAUGUUGCUCAUUCUGACAGCAGUUGGGCUGCCCACUCAAGACAUCAGUCUGUUAGUAGCUGUUGACUGGCUUCUGGAUCGUUUCCGUACCUCAGUCAAUGUAGUUGGAGACUCGUAUGGCGCUGGUAUUGUGUACCACCUGUCCAAGGCGGAGCUGGAUGCCCUGGAUGCCCAGCACGGGAAAUCCGAUGACAUUGAGAUGAUGACCAAGACCCAGUCCUACUACGAUGACCUCAAAAACCAUCAUGAAAACAACUCCAACCAGUGCGUCUUUGCUGCUCAAAAUUCAGUCUUGGUAGAUGAUUGCAAGGUAACCUUGGCAGCCACAAACGGCUCAACUGCAGAGCAUACACUUGAGGAAGAACCAUGGAAAAACAAUUAAUGCAAGCACACAGACCCCCGGCACCCAAAAUGUGGAGAAAAAAAAACAGACCUACUGUCAUGCACAAAUGAUGGGUUUUGUAGUUUGUUUGUUUUGUUUUUUUAUCCCUUUUCUAACAUGUUUAACAAUAUAUUCUGGUUGUCUGAAGUAACACAAGAUUAUGAGGCCAAAAGCUCACACAUGCAGCUGAAGUGAUAAUAUGAGGCAGUUAUGUAAAUUAUUCAUGAUGCUAAUAUAUGUAAAUAUAUAUAUGAAAUUCCAAAUCUAUGUAUGGUGUGGAGGGGUUUUUCAUAAGGGGAAAAUUCACAAAUAACUCAGUUCACUAGAUUUAUUUCAUGCAGAGUCAUUACCCUACCAGCUGCAUUUAAGCAUUACUCUCAUAGAGUAAUGUGGUGUUGCUAGGAUACAAAUGUAGAGACGGAGGCGAAUGCAGACAGAUGGAACUUAAAGCACAAGCAUGUUUAGAUGUAAACCCUCCCCCUCCGCUUUAUCACAUUGCUCAAAGGGGUGGGAUCAUUUCUGUUCUGUCAAGAAUAGAAUGGAUGAUAGGGUGUUGCUCAUUAGCUGUAUGUUGGUGAGCCUGUAGCACACAUGCACAAAAGCAAAAGAUCCUUUCAAGCACAUUAUCAGUCUACCGUUUAAGGUCUUUAAAAAGCCCUUAACCUCAUUCAGAUUUACUGAAAUGUACUUAAAUAUGCAAUGUGCGCCUUAUUUUAAGUUCAUGUAAAAGCACAAACUGUCUAUUUUUGUUGUACAACCAAAACAAAGCCUGUGCAUGUGCAUGUCAUACACCAGUGUGAAAAACAGUUAAUGGAACUUUCUACAUUCCUGAACAGCAUAUUUUUAAAUUGCAUUAUUUUAUACAUUGUUUUGUGGUGAACCUAUAAAGGUCAAAUAGUGCCUAAAUGAUCUGCAUGCACAGAGUAAGAUUUGUAAAAGCACAAAUGAAGUUACAAGCAUGAUAGAAAAAUGUGUAUGCAUAGAGUAAGAUUUGUGAAAGCGUAAAUCAAAUUGCUAGCGUAAAAAUAUUUUUUUAAUUUAUUAAGUUAAACAAAAAGUAGAAAUAAGUUUUGUAAAGGUGUAAGAAACAGAAAUAUUAGCAAUACUUUAAUGCUUUGCAUAAGUGUAAUUCAUGUGUUGUGAAUCUGUAAUUGCAUAUUAACACAAAGUAAAUGUGGUAUGUGGUAUAAA